AUGGGGCAGUACAUCGAGUUCGUGGCGGACCGGCUGCUGCAGUGCCUGGGGGCGGCGAAGCACUUCGGCGCAGCAAAUCCUUUUCCGUUUAUGGAAUUAAUUUCUUUGCAAGGAAAAACGAACUUCUUCGAGAAGAGAGUGGGGGACUACCAGAAGGCGGGCGUGAUGGUGCAGGACAAGCAGCAGCAGAGCUUCGCGCUCGACGCCGACUUCUAG